AUGGUCCCGGACCGGAAACUUUUGAACGAUAAGACGGCGAUUGUCACAGGCGGAAAUGCCGGCAUCGGAUAUGCAAUCGCUCUGCGCAUCGCAGACAUGGGCGCCACCGUAUAUCUGGCCUGCCGCAACGAAGCAAAGGCCAGGAACGCUCGAGAGUCGAUUCUCGACAUUUAUCCCAAUGCCAAAGUCCAUGUUCUGGUCCUUGAUAAUGCUUCCCUGGCCUCGGUAAAGGCCUUUGCGAAAGCUUGGAAUUAUGGCCCAAUCGACCUCUUCUUCCACAACGCCGGGAUUGGCGUGACUCCCGCAGGACAAGAGUUCACUGACGAUGGCUUCGAAUUCGUGUACCAGUCCAAUUUCUUGGCCUCAUUCUUGCUAACUCAUCUCCUGGAGUCGCAACUGAGUCCAGACGCUCGUGUGGUUUUCACUUCGAGCGCUGCAAGCUAUCCUGGAGUUAUCCGCGACACUUUCGCGCUCUCAAAAACCCAGGGCCACAUCGAGACAUACUUCCAUGCGCGCGACAAGUCUCACAAUGGCGCCGCAAAGUAUUCGAACAGCAAACUCAUGCAGGCUGCUUUCGCGCGAGCUUUGCAGGAGCAUUUUGAUCUCGACACAGAGAACAGACGGCUUGCGUUCUCUUUCGAACCUGGGCUAGUCAAGACCAAUAUCGCCCAUGGCUUCUCCAAGACAUUCCUACAAGACCCUGCUAGCUGGAUUAUUGCCAAGACGAUUCCGCAUUUUGGUCUCGACAUCAGUCAAGGAGCUGUGACGGGCGUUCAUCUGGCAACGAGUUCUCGUGACGAGGUGGUACAGAACAAAGGACGAUAUUUCGAUCGCAUGAAAGUUCGAAUGCAUUACGUAAGUCCUCGAUUCUUUAGGCAUUGCUUCCUCUAG